AUGAGGCACAAGGAGAAGCCUAAGAUCUGGAAAGCGCGAAGCGAUUGUACCAUAUUCAAAAGAACAAAUUUUACCUCAAGGGACGAAAUCACUCUUAAUCCGUCGCCUAAUACUCAAAAAUUGCUUGCUCAAUCAGUCCUUCCAGAACAUCGACAUUGCGUCUGCUAUGAUGUUGGGGUUUCACUUCCAGCAGUGAAAUGUGAUGUGAUACAAAAUCCCCUACAAGUACAUCCAAAGCUAAGAAUGGUGCCCAUUAUGCUCGGCAAAUCCCUCCUCUCCCUCGUCGCCCUCGUCACGCUCGGGGGUCCAUACAGAAUCUCUUCGAAAUCGCUUCCUAAUUCCUCCCACAUCAGCGAAACCCGCGUCCUAAACUCCCGCCUCGACAACGGACAAACCAUCUCCUCACACCCUUCUUCUUCAAACCCUCUAAACUCUCCCAAACCUCCACCUCCCAGAGCAAAAACUCCCUACAAAACCAAAAAUAGAAUGUCGAUCACGCGCUCCUAUGUUCACACAUAUACUCUACCUACCCGGAUUUUGGGCAAAGGGUGA